AUGGAAGACCCUGAGACUAAAGCUGUUGGAGAUGGCAGAGAUGCUACUUUGCAGCAGUUUGGAUAUGAACAAGAACUCACCAGAUCUUUCGGGUUCAUUGGUAUGCUCGGAUUUUCAUUCUCAAUAGUAUCAUGUUGGAGCGCUCUCGGUGGUGUUCUAGUCGCUGGCGUCACAUCAGGAGGACCACCAGUAAUGAUAUGGGGAUGGGUUGGAAUCUGUUGCGUUUCUUUAUGCGUCGCCUACUCAAUGGCCGAGAUGUGCAGUGAGUACCCAGUGGCAGGAGGACAAUAUUCCUGGGUGUACAUCUUGUCUCCUAGGAGUAUUCGCAGACAAUUUUCGUAUAUAACCGGCUGGUUUAUGAUUAUUGGAAUUCUCGCAAUGGGCGCAACGAAUUCCUUUAUCGGUGCCAACUUUAUCCUUGGACAAGCGCAGCUCACCCACCCUUCGUUCACGAUCGAGAGAUGGCAUACUGUCCUGGUUGCAUAUGGGUUUACGUUGAUCGCUACCUUCAUCAAUUUGUGGGGUUCGAGUGUGCUGGAUAAGCUGUCGAAAGGCUUUUUGAUUUUCAAUAUCAUUGCCUUUAUCACAACUAUCAGCACCAUUCUCGCUUGCAACCAGAACAAGCAACCGGCGUCUUUCGUGUUCCAGGAUUUCCAGAACUUCACCGGCUUUAGUGCUCCAAUGGCUGGGAUUAUUGGUAUUCUGCAGCCGGCGUUUGGGAUGUGUUGUUAUGACGCUCCAGCCCACAUGUGCGAAGAGAUCAAAGACGCCAGCAAACAAGCACCUCGAGCAAUAGUCAUGUCCGUAUGGAUAGGCUGUGUUACCGGAUUCGUGUUCCUCGUUUCAGUAUGCUUCUGUAUCGGAGAUAUCACCUUGGUCGCAGAAACACCUACUCUCGUGCCACUGAUUCAAAUCUACCACGACUCCACCAACAGUAAUGUCGGAACAUGCUUUUUAGCCUCCUUCAUCGUCGUUAUCAAUAUGGGAUCGGCGAACGCGUUGUUGGCCGAAGGAGCUCGAUCACUCUAUGCCUUUGCAAGAGACGAAGGUCUUCCUUUCUCUCAUAUCAUCAGAAAGGUCGAGAAGAAGCAUCAAAUCCCUGUUGUAGCUAUUGUUCUCGCAACUGUCGUUCAGAUGGCUUUCAAUAGCAUCUACUUUGGGACGGUUACCGGAUUCAAUACCGUAAUUGCGAUUGCUACUGAAGGCUUCUACCUCUCCUACGCAAUGCCACUUCUCGUUCGACUCAUCUCCUACUUCCACGGAAGCCACAAACAACUCAACGGUCCAUGGGCCAUGAAACCUCUGGUUUCAAUCAUCGUCAACGCCAUCGGACUCACAUAUCUCGUCUUCGCUUGCAUCACAUUCAACUUCCCAUCUGUCUCUCCCGUAACGUCAGAAAAUAUGAAUUACACCUCCGCUGCUGUCGGAGCCAUUAUGUUCAUUGCCGCCAUAACGUGGUUCACGAGCGCGAGCAAGAAAUUCUCUGGUCCAGAUAUUGAGGAUGUAAUUGCGAUAGCGGGUGCGGUUCCAAGUAGUGAUUCGGAUAAUGUUAAUACCCACGAGAAGAAGAUGGAUUUGUAA